GUAUUAAAUAUAUAAAUAGCAUGACAAUUACUUGGAGGAAACAUUUGCAUCAAUUUACCUUGGACGUGGGUUUUCAAUGGUUAAUUGAGGAAAAUAAUUACCUUAAGUAGGGAAAAUAAUUUCCUUAAUUAAACCCAUGACAAUUAGGAAAAGAGAAGACCGUGGAGUUCGGUUAUAUUUAUUAAGGAGCAAUUUCGGAAACCCUUAUUUAACAUAAUAUAAUUAGUUAAUUCCAUUCUAUCCCUAAUAAAAUCUUAAAACCUCUAAUUAGUGUUCUUAAAUAUAAUUUCUCAAUUUAUGGUUCUCAAUGGGUGAACUUGGCAAAAUCGGCGGUUUGCUUCAGUCGCAAUGUUCGCCAGGAGGAGAGUGAGGCGAUGGCAGCUCGAUUGGGGGUUGGGGCCAUGGGGGUCCAGGAUAGGUAUCUAGGAUUGCCUUCCUUAAUUUCUCGGUCGAAAUCUGAAACAUUCCGGUUUCUAGAGGAGAAGCUUCUUCAGAAACUGCAAGGGUGGAAGCAGCGACAUUUGUCCUGGGCGGCGAAGGAGACCCUGUUAAAGUCGGUGGCGGCGGCUUUGCCGGUAUAUGUUAUGGCUUGUUUUAAGCUUCCAGUGACCCUUUGUCAUCGACUGGAUAAGUAUAUGGCUCGAUUCUGGUGGGGUGGCUCGACUGAUAGAAUCCAUUGGAUGUCCUGGAGAAAAUUGUGUCGAAGCAAGCAAGAAGGGGGGUUGGGGUUCCGUCGGUUUGAACAGUUUAAUCACGCCCUUCUAGCUAAGAUAGGAUGGCGGCUGAUUCAGGACCCUGACUCGUUGCUUGCUCGAAUCUAUAAAGGGAAGUACUACCCGCAUGGAACGCUCCUGGAAGCGACAGCCCGGUCGAGACCGUCUUGGGGAUGGCAGAGCGUUUUACAUGGGGUACAGCUGUUGAAGGCAGGUUUGCGCUGGCAAGUUGGGACCGGCGAGGAGGUGGAGAUUAUGACAGCAAAUUGGGUUCCGGGGUGUCACCCGCAUCCUCCGUUGGUGUUGCCCUCGGCCCAUCUUUGGGAGGGUGCCACGGUGGAUGGGUUGAUGGAGGAGGAACCAGGGACGUGGUGCGAUGAGUGUUUGGCCAAUUGCUUUACCCCUGAGACUGUGAGGGCGAUUAAAUCGAUUGUUCUUCCCCGAGCUCGUGUUCGGGACAAGUUGGUGUGGCAUGAGGAUCGGUCGGGGAGAUAUUCGGUUAAGUCGGGAUAUCAUUUGGCAAUACGGCUAAACGGGUCCCGAUGGAAGGGGAAGUGUGAGCCCUCUUGGAUGGAUGCUGCUUUGUGGAGGAAGCUGUGGAGUCUUGGGAUCCAGCCAAAGCUGAAAUUUUUUAUGUGGCAGGUCAUGAGCAGGAUCUUGCCAACGACAGAAGCCUUUAUUGUUCGGGAGAUUGAGGUGACGGAGCAGUGCCCGGUCUGUUGGCAUGAGGGGGAAGACUUGGAGCAUUUGUUCUUACAAUGUCCGGUGGCUAGGAAUUUGUGGGCGGACUCAGGGCUAGAGGGUAUCCAAGUCGGGCUCCCAGGGGAAAAUAUGGGGAUCUUUUUGAGGCGGCUGCUGGAGAAAGUGACUAAUGAGGAGGUCAUUAUGCGACUGGUCUCACUGCUUUGGCGGAUGUGGAAGUCCCGCAAUUGGAUGGUGUUUGAGGGCUGCCAAUAUACUAGGGAGGUUUUGCGUAACCAGUGGAUGGUUCAGGUGGAGGAAUGGCAGCGGGGGACGAGGAUAGCUGAGGCCCGGAGUCAAACACAAGGAGUACGGAUGCCUGUUGACCCAGAGCGGCCCCCCCUGGGGGUGUCUUGGGUGUGCUCCUUUGAUGGAGCAGUGAGUCAGGCAUCGCAUUCUGCUGUGGGGAUUGUCUUAAAAGGAGCUGAUGGGGUGGUGGUUAGUGCGGUUGGAAAGGGGUGGGCGGGGGUCAUGGAUCCGAUGCUGGUGGAGUUGCUAGCUCUCCGGGAGGCAAUCUUGUGGUGUCGGGCGAUGGGGGGUGCAUGGUGUCUGCUACCAGGGGGAUGCUAAGGUCGUUAUCGACAAGAUUUUGACCGGCAGUACGUGGGAUUGCUAUGGGGGAGCAGUGUUGCAGGAGGUCCAGGGUUUGUUGGCUGCGGUGAAUGUGGAUGUUCUCCGGUUUGUGGGUAGAGAUAACAAUAGGGUAGCCCAUAGGGUGGCUAGGAAGGCCCUUUCUUUGUAUCCUACUUUUAUCGGAGGGUUUGAUUUUUGCGCUUGGCUCCUUUCGGAGAUGUAAUCGUUGGUGAUCUUUAUUUCUUGGUAAUACAAGCUAUCUUUUGUAAAAAAAAAAAAAAAAUAAAUUGGGCAUUCCCUGAAGCAGAGUUUCCCUUCCCUAAUAGCUAAUUAAUUAUUAAAUUUUGUUUUUCUUAAUUCCGUUGAUUGCAAUCAAAAGAGGCGGAUGAAGAUGAUUGAGAAACCAGCGAUGGGUGAGACCAUCUCUGCCCCAAAGCUGACGGCGAGGGCCGUCCGACAACGGCGGGUGGCGGUUCCCGUCCGACUCCGAUGGGCGGACGGAUAAAAAAAAUAAAAAGAAAAAACGUGCCUUGACGGCGAGCUCCUCUUCGACGGCGGCGAUUUCUUUCUCGAUGGCGGUAACCUCUUCAACAGCUGUGGCGAGCUCUAUUUUUAUGGCGUAAUCUUGGUCCGCGGCUGGAGUUGUUUGGGGAUGGAGGGAGGUGAGUAAACAGAGGCGGGAGGAGAGACAAACUCUGACGGCGUCUUGGAGAUGGAGGAGAUGGAGGUUUGCAACGGAUGGGCGAGUUUGUUUCUCAAUAGCGGCGACCCAAAAUCCGGCCAACAAUUUCGUCGGUGGGAUGGGCAGUUUUGAUUAGGAUUUUAAGUGUUGAAGGGUAAAAUAGACAUUUUUCAUAAAUUUACGGGCGGCAAAUAGUAAAUAGACGGGCGGCAAAUAACAAUUCAUUUAUAAAAUAUGUAAUCCAGACCAAGUUGAUAGAACAUAAACCACAAACCAAACCAUAUACUAUAUGUCUUAGAUCGGACCAUGCAUGUACUGUGCAACCUAGCCCAGUCAUACCAUUUCAACAAAACUUCAUUCUUCUUCGUUCCUCCGAUCCUCCAUGGUAACUAGGGUUGGAAAUUUUGGUAGUGCUAUUUGAGAUAUACUGAAUUAGAACAAAAUUAUGACUAUUGGUAUUAUCGAAUAUUGGUUUAUUUUUAGGGAUUGGGAUUGUGAUUCAUUUUCUAGUGUUAAUCGCUAUUAGAGAUAACAGGAUUGGGAUCGGUAUAUACUGAAAUAACGAAAAAAACUGGAAAAAAGAAUGAAAUUAGCACACAAUCGUUGGUCAUUGCUCACUCUUUGACAACUCAUAACCCUCCAUCCAAUCCAAUUUUGGUUUUAUAAUUUAAGUCACUUGUCUCUCACUCAAUCUCUUGUUAUUUCAUAACACCAAAAAGCAUACACUCUCGUUAGUCAUUUCUCGCCCUCCAUCCAUUGAAUGAAAGAUUACAAAUAAAAAGAAAUUGAAAUGUCGCCCAUGUCCUCCCUUCUCCUUAUCUAUGUCCCAACUCUAGAUGAACUCAAAACCUUUUGCUUAGUAUCUUUGCUAGAGAUUUAGAUUACAUACUCUAAUUAAUAUAUUUAAUUUUUAAUU